AACAAAACGAAUCUCACAAAUUUCCUAUCUCGUUCCCAUCAAAUCCGAACAUCAAGAUGCCACCGCCAUGGAAGGGGAUUGAUGAUUUCAAUGAUAUUUCUUUAAUUCCAUUUAGCAUCAUAAAUCAUUUGUGUUUAUCUGCCGUAUGGUCCAACUGUAAAACUCCAAGGAUCGCUCCUCGUCCCAUCUUCCUAAUGUACUGACUUUUGCAUUAUUUCAUUGUCCCCGAGUCUCAUCAAAUAUUCCCCCGUCCGCAGCAACGCCGCUAAUGGCAUACCCGCGGCGGCGCCACCAGUACCGCCACCGCCUUAUUCCCGCCAUCUCGGUUGUCUCCGCUGCCAUUCUCCUGCUUUUUGUUCUUAUCUCUUCCCUGGCACCGCCUCCCAUCGACGGCGAUCACAUCCAUCGUCGCAGGAUACCAGUAAUUUCGAGCAGAAAGAUGAAUAAUGACGGCGACGAACGAAAGGAAGUGCCACUAUUUCGUGUUCCGGUUAGUUUCUUAAUCUCUGGAUUUGAUGUUUGUCCUAAACGCGACGUUUGUUUUUUGUUGAGAUCUAGAACAAUGGAGGAGUACGUCAUCGGGAUCUUUGGACCACGAAAAAUGCAGGGUUUUAUUACGGGUGCAGCAAUUCUAGCAGCGCAUUCGAGAGUGCAAGCCUCAGCCAUAACACAUCCUAAUCGCUACCUGGCCAUUGCAACCAGUGGAGGUCUAAACCAGCAAAGAACUGGGAUUACUGAUGCUGUUGUUGCAGCUCGCAUCUUGAAUGCCACCCUUGUUGUCCCAAAAUUGGAUCAGAAGUCUUUCUGGAAAGAUGUUAGCAACUUUUCAGAGAUCUUCGACACUGAUUGGUUUAUAUCAUAUUUGAAGAAAGACGUAAAAAUCAUAAAAGAGCUCCCACGAAGAAGGGGGCAGAUAUGGAAUCCGUAUACCAUGCGUGUUCCAAGAAAGUGCAAUGAGCAUUGCUAUAUUAGUCGUUUAGUACCUGUACUUUCGAAGAAGCGUGCUGUACAGUUGACCAAAUUCGAUUAUAGACUUUCAAAUAGGUUGAGCGUGGAUCUUCAAAAGCUUAGGUGUAGAGUUAACUACCACGCUUUGAAGUUCACUAAACCCAUCCUUGAAAUGGGUGCAAAAUUGGUGCAAAGAAUGAGGACGAAGAGCAAGCAUUACAUAGCCCUCCAUCUAAGGUUUGAACCUGAUAUGCUUGCGUUCUCAGGAUGUUAUUACGGCGGAGGAGACAAAGAGAUAAUGGAGUUGGCUAAGAUAAGACGGAGAUGGAAAACUUUACAUUCUCCUAAUCCAGAUAGGGAGAGAAGGCAAGGGAGGUGCCCACUUACUCCAGAGGAAGUUGGUCUUCUGCUAAGAGCACUUGGUUAUGACCGAGAAACCCAUAUAUUCGUAGCCUCUGGAGAAGUAUACGGAGGAGAGGCAACAUUGGCCCCUCUAAAGGCUCUUUUCCCCAACUUCUAUUCUAAAGAUAUCCUGGCAAGCCCAGAGGAACUGAAACAGUUUUCUGCUUUUUCUUCAAGAAUGGCUGCAUUAGAUUUCAUAGUGUGCGAUGAGAGUGAUGUGUUUGUUACAAAUAACAACGGCAACAUGGCAAAGAUACUAGCAGGGAGAAGGAGAUAUUUUGGGCACAAACCAACCAUCCGGCCAAAUGCGAAAAAACUGAACAGGCUAUUUGCAAACCGAGAAAAUAUGACAUGGGAUGAAUUUUCCUCGCGAGUACGUACGUUUCAGAGGGGUUUCAUGGGAAAUCCUAAGGAAGUGCGGCCAGGCAGGGGUGCAUUUCAUGAGAAUCCUGCUGCUUGUAUUUGUGAGAAAUCUGUUCAGAUGAAAAGGGAUGCAGAUUUAGUCGCUGAGGAUCAAAAUACGAAUGAUGAUCUAGAGUGGUCAGACCCUGACGAGGAAGAUGAUACAACAAGUCAGCAGGGUAACACUUUGUACAACGAGACAAGCUUGGAAUAUGAAAAUUUGUCGUCUGAUGAGCCUGAGUUGGAUGAGUUGCUUUCAGAUUGAAAAGACGUGAAGGUGUGGCAAAUUCUCAUGUGUUUGUACGGCCGCAGAAAUAAUUAUUGGUAAUUUGCAAAUCAGAUGCAAGCUAAUUUUCUCAGUUGCUAAUCUUCGGCUUUAAUACUAGCCUUAGUGAGAACUACAUGCACUUUUUUUUACUACAUGGAUUUUGACAAAAACUCUUAAAGGUGGCCCCAGGAAUGUUGGCACUUGAGAAACAACUGUUUUGGGACAAUGAUGCAGCAGAUUAGUCCUGGUCUUGUAUAUAGUUUUUCAUUAUUACUUUUUUUUUUUCUUUAGUUUUCGGUUGAAUAGUUUGUCUGUGAUCAAAGUGCGAGGCCUCUUGUAUAUUAUAUACUGUUAUUUCUUUUCACACCUUAUCAUCUUUUUCACCAUAACUAGUAAUCACCCGUGCGAUGCACGGGAAAAUUACAAUCUAUGUGCUUUUCAGAAGGCAAAUUUGUAUAUAAAUUGUGUAAUACUACAAUGAUCAUGAUCAUAAGAACAGACAUAUAAACAUAUAAUUAAACUCAUAAGAUCAUUUAUUAUUGAACACUUUCUUAUAUACAACAUUAUUGGUUUGAUUCUUUGGCACUU